AUUUCCGAGGUGCAUAUGAACGCAGCAUGACGCCGCCUGUGGUGGCUCAUUACAUUAUCUGGCAGCCGGAGUGGCUAAGGACAGACGAGAGGGGAUCCCCGGGAUUUUUUUUACGCCAAAGCCAGCUAAAUUACUGAAAUCAAACAACACAAAAUUGCGGGGGAACUCGGAUCAACCUCCUCCCAAACUCCGGUGAGAGCAGCCAUGUCAGAGGAGGCAGUGCGUCAAACGCGCAGCCAGAAGCGGGCUCUGGAGAGGGACAAUGAAUCUCCUGACAGUUCCCCGGAGGACAUGGACAACAAACGGGUUAAGCUUGAGACAAGUGAUACAGCCGGGGCCCCGUUGGACCAGGAGGGACCUGGAGCUGAGGGCGUCAGGUUGAAGAGUGAGCAGGCUGCUAAGGUAGCAGCAAACAUCCUAAAAGCUGGUGAAGUGAAGGCUACCAUCAAGCUGGAGGUGCAAACUGGAGAUGAACCUGUCGACAUGAGCACAUCUAAAAGUGAAAUUAAGAAGGAGCAGCAGCAGCCACCUUCGCCAGAUGAUGUGAUUGUGCUAUCGGACAAUGAGCCAUCCAGUCCUCUCAUGAAUGGCCACUGUUUUACAAAGACUGACACAGAAAAACUCAUGAAAAGUUCACCUGAAGAAAGGGAGCGCAUCAUCAAACAGCUGAAGGAGGAGCUUAGACUCCAAGAAGCCAAACUGGUUCUCCUGAAGAAACUACGACAGAGCCAGAUCCAGAAGGAGAGCACUGUAUCGAAGUCAACUGGCUCUGUAGCUACUCCUCCUCCUUUGGUGAGAGGGAGCUUGACAUCAAGUAAAGGAACCCUUCAGGUGACUGGCCGUAGCUCAGGAACAGUGAUCCCCCCUCCCUUAGUGAGGGGAGGACAACAUGUUCCAUCCAAACACAACUCUCAGAUCAUCAUGCCACCUCUGGUCAGAGGCGCCCAGCCUAUUGCAGUGACUCCCCAACAGAUAGCCAGUCUGCGCCAGCAACAGCACCAGCACAGCGGGUCGGGCCCUCCCCCACUCUUACUCGCUCCCAGGGCCUCUGUGCCCAACGUCCAGGGCCAGGGCCAGAGGAUCAUUCAGCAGGGCCUGAUCCGGGUGGCUAACGUAGCCAACAGCAAUGUCAUGGUCAACAUCCCUCAGGUGAGCAGAGCUUCUCCAACAAGCCUAAAAAGCUCUUCAGCUUCCCCCAACUCUAGUAUCAACGACUCUCCAGCCAGCAGGCAGGCAGCUGCUAAACUGGCGCUGCGUAAACAGCUGGAGAAGACACUGCUGGAGAUUCCUCCACCCAAACCUCCCGCGCCUGAGUUUAACUUCCUGCCUUCUGCCGCUAAUAAUGAGUUCAUCUACUUGUUGGGUUUGGAGGAGGUGGUGCAAAAACUUUUGGAGAUGCAUGGCAGGGGUAAUCUGGGCCCAGCUGCUGGAUUGGCCAGCUCCAUUUCCAAAGAGCCAUAUUCCUGUGCCCAAUGCAAGACAGACUUCACCUCCCGCUGGAGAAAGGAGAAGGCUGGGACCAUCCUCUGUGACCAAUGCAUGUCGUCCAAUCAGAAGAAGGCCCUGAAGGCAGAGCACACCAACCGCCUGAAGGCAGCCUUCGUUAAGGCCCUCCAGCAGGAGCAGGAGAUCGAGCAGCGUAUCCUCCAACAGGCCGCCUCCUCUUCCUCCUCGGCCUCCCCUGGCUCCAAAGCCAUUUCUUCGUCCUCUCCGUCAUUGUCCAAGAGUGAGAUGCUGGUGUCUCAGCAUUACAAGCAAGUCCGGGCUCCUAUGCACCACAGAUCUGUGGGCGCACACCACUCUGCCAUCAAGCAGAGUCAGCUGUCACACAGCAUCCAGUCUGCAGUGAGCUCCCGUGGUGUGGCACACUCUUUCACAUCCUCUCAGCUGCAGAAUGCAGUGACAGCAGCUGCGCUGAGCAGUAGGCCGGAUAAGCAUGGUGCAGCCCGCUCAUUGCACCAGGGGGGAAAGGUCAGCGCCGGCAGCAGCAACCAGGGAAACAUGGUGGCCUGGAGGAAGCAGGGCAGCGGAAAUGCAGGUGUGACCAUGGCCUAUGUGAACCCCAGCUUGUCUGCUCACAAGACCUCCUCUGCUGUUGAGCGUCAGCGGGAAUAUCUGCUGGACAUGAUUCCCUCCCGUUCGAUCUCCCAGGCUGCAAACACAUGGAAAUAAUGCAAUCUUUUUCCCUACUGACACAAUUACUAUUAGCUUAAUAUCAAUAACAACCAUUGUCAUUAUCAUUCUAACGUUUUCUAUGGACUCUGCCUUUGGCCCUCACGGCCGCUGUGGAGAAUAAGCAUUUUCUUCUUGUUGGCUAGAGGUGGUCUUGCUCCUCUUUGCCACCUUCUUAUGCUACCUUUUUCCUUUAUAGAUUUUGGGUACCUUUUUGUGAGGAUUGGAGUUUAACAUGGGUGAGUUCAGAUUCACUAGCUUCUCCAGCGAUGUUGCCUCUCUUUCCUCCGUUUAUUGCUCAAACCUCCCAUUUGCACCAAGAGGAAGUUGCCACAAAAAUGCUUGAGUUCCCCUGCCUCUGGAUUAGGCAGGGCUAAGUAAUAAUCACUAUUGUAUCCAAUAAGAUCUUCGCCUUACGUCCUGCCCUCUCCAGUCUGAGCCAGUCAGACUCAAGCCUGUGUGGCGGCUUAACUGAACUGAACUAAACCGAGGACCUCAUCACAGGGAUUGUUGAGCUUUGAGGACCAUCCAUAAAAUAACUGCUUCAGCUUUGCAAAAAUGAAUAAGAUUAUAAAAGGACUGUAAAAAAUAAUAACAAAAAAGGAUCUUUAUCUGCACACAGACUGCCUCUUCUCUCCAACCUCUACAGCGUGUGUAGUAGAGAAGAUGAUGUGUGUUGGAUUUUUUUUUUCUUUUUUUAUUUUGUAUGGCUGAAUGCUAAGAUUUUGUCUUUUCGUAUGUAAGUCAUAAACUGUGUUUGGAAUAUUGUGCUCCCUGACACUUUGGAAGUGGCCUCUUGUCGAGGUCUGAAUUUACAGGCUAAUGUUACUGUUGAGGUGGUUUUACAUCUGCUGGGUUCCAUGUUGUGGCCUACUUUUAAAUACUUUGUUUGUGCUAAGAUGAAGAGGAAAAAUAAAGAUUGAGGUUUCACUGACUUAUGUAAAAAAAAAAAAGAUGGAGCAUAUGUGUGGAGGACUAUUCUUAAUGAAUACUGUAAAAUAAACCUUCCAAAGAACUAGUGGAGCCCAAAUGGAGUCCCUUCUGCUAGAAGGUUUCUAGUUUAUUUGAACCCUCUCUGAAUAUAAACAUGAAUUCAUGCUGAUCUGAGUGGGUGUACAAAAUGUCAAAUUUUUGACAUCAUUUUGCUUUUAGUCAUAGGUUGUGGUGCAUUUUUUUUUUUCUUCUAUAGACAAAACUGUCUGAAUUUAUUUAUAGGGUUAGUAAAGACAUAUGCUUAUACCCGCCCUGUGUUUGAAUGGAUAACAAGUUAAGAUUUGUUCUCUUAUGUGUCAAGUGGCUCCCAGACAACCUAGAAUUGGUUUGAGAGAAGCUGGACAGCUUUCAGAAUGUAGUUAUGCAACAGAAAAAAAAAACAAAAGCCCUAUAGCAACAAAUGACAAAAACACCUUAGUCUUUGACUUUAAGGUGUGUGUGAUUUCGUUCAGGUCAUUCAGUUGAGCUAACUCUGCCUUUCACUUGAGCUAUAGUGCAUUUUUUAUCAGGUUGCAGCAGCACAGGAUAAGCUACAGCAGUACAAAGUGUCCCACGUUAAACAGCAGGUCGCCAUUGCUCAUAGACUUGAGUUACUUAACGAUUUUUGUCUUCGUCUUUUACUCCAGUCUCUGGGGUGGUCCAGUUACAUCAGGUGUACCCCUCAGCAAAGUCUUCUGCGUUUUAUGUGACCUUUUUGGAAAAUGUCCAUCUUGAAUUAGUGACGAUAGUGUUCAAUUUGCUUGAUAAAUAAUGUGUAGGUUGUUUUAAAAAAAAAAAAUCCAGACAUCUGGCUGACCACCCUAGCACAAUUUUUUUCCCUUUUCCACCAAUAUCUUAUAUCUUACUAUUUUGGUUAAACAUUCUCACAUUGGAAUAGCAUUAUGUCACUGCUGACCAUACAUGUGGCACGUUGCCGGCCCAUCACCUCACUCUAGAUGUCAGUGCAUCUGUGAUGUCAUCUCCGAGUCCUGCCCUCCCAUCUCUCUCUCUCAGGUGCCUCAAUUACACCGGCACACUGCAUUAGGUAAAUGGGCAUACGUUGAAGCAUAACCCUUUGUGUUGGAGUGUCGUCACUGCACACCAGGGUUUCAUUCAGGGUGCUGCAUCCAUACAGUAUUUAAAUUACUGAAAGAAAUGCAAGCAUACAAAAAUUUAAAUUAAAAUGCUUGAUAAUUUCAUUUUUCUGUAUCGAUGUCGCAUCGGGAAAUAUUCCAGGCUGCAGUACAUUCCUAACUGGCAAAAGUAGCGGCCCAUGUCUUAUGGAAGUAAAAAUAAGCAAUCUGGAAUGAGCCCUGCUAAGUGUAUAACCCUGUGCUGUCCUGACUACUGCCUGCUGCUGCUGCUGGGCAACAAUAUCACCAUUCCUCUUGUUUGGGGUCAUCGUGCUGCUAUACAUGCAGUGCAGUUCAAAUGGAAAACAAUGUAUGAAAAACAAUUUUUUUUUGGGACUUUUUUUUUCCUGCUCUAUCAAAUAAUAAAACUAAUUUUAACCCCACUCUCAUGGUUGGUUUG